UAGAAAAAAAAUUUUCAAAUUCUGAUUGUGAUUGUGAUUCUUUUUCUUAAUUAACAAUUUUAACAAUUUGUUGAAUUAGUUUCUUUCUUGUUGAUUUGUUCUCUGUAAUUUGGAUUCAUCAUCUCUUUGUCUCUCUUAUUCUCAAGUGAAUUGUGUGCUACUAUUUCUCUUUCAUCAUGGAGAUUAACGAUACCAACAUGGAGGCAUUGGCUCAAUUUUUAUCUCAAACAUUGUCUCCUGAUCCAAAUAUUAGGCGACCUGCUGAGAAAUAUUUACAAACAAUUGAGGGUAAUGCUAAUUAUCCUAUUCUAUUGUUGACACUUAUCGAUAAGCAACAGAUUGAUAUGAAUACCCGAGUUGCCGGUUCGCUUGUGUUUAAAAAUUUUGUUAAACGUAAUUGGCGUUGUGAUGAUGAUGCUUCUGAUAAAAUAUCACAAGCAGAUAGAAAUAUGGUUAAAUCAUUGAUCAUCGGGUUAAUGUUGAAAAGUGAUGAAAAGAUUCAACGACAAUUAUCUGAGGCUGUUAGUAUAAUUGGUAGAGAAGAUUUUCCUGCUCGAUGGCCAAAUUUGUUAGAUGAGAUGGUUAACCGAAUGCAAAAUUGUGGAGGUGAUUUUGCUGUAAUCAAUGGUAUUCUUCAAACAGCUCAUUCAUUGUUUAAAAGAUAUCGACAUGAAUUUAAAUCUCAAGAGCUUUGGUCGGAGAUUAAAUAUGUUUUAGACAAUUUUGCCAAACCUUUUACCGAUUUAUUCACUGCAACCGUUUCACUGGCCAGAAGUCAGGCCACUAAUCCUGCUGCUUUGAAAAUAAUUUUCAGUUCUCUUGUGCUGUGUGUGAAAAUUUUCAAUUCACUUAAUGCUCAAGAUCUUCCAGAGUUUUUUGAGGAUAACAUUUCUAUCUGGAUGUCUCAUUUCUCUGAGCUUAUUUCUGUUGAUCAUGCAUGUCUAAAAACAGAUGAUGAAGAAGAGGCUGGUCUACUUGAGCAACUUAAAUCGCAAAUUUGUGACAACAUUUCAAUGUAUGCACAAAAGUAUCACGAUGAAUUUGCAAGUUAUUUACCCAAUUUUGUGCAAAAUGUUUGGACUUUACUGAGUACAAUUGGCCUUCAACCUAAAUACGAUAUUCUUGUUAGUAAUGCGAUUCGCUUCUUGUCAACUGUUGUUGAUCGACCUCAAUAUAAAGGUUUAUUCCAAGAUCCCAGUGUUCUUGAUUCAUUUUGCUCCAAUGUCAUUAUACCAAACAUGCAAUUCCGAGAAUCAGAUGCAGAAAUGUUUGAAGAUGAUCCAGAGGAAUAUAUUAGACGAGACAUUGAAGGUUCUGAUACUGAUACCCGUCGGCGAGCUGCUUGUGAUUUAGUUAAAUCAUUGAGUCGACACUUUGAGGCUCAAAUAACUUCAGUGUUUAGCCAAUAUAUUCAAGCCAUGUUAACUAAUUUCACAGUUGAUCCACAACAAAAUUGGAAAAACAAAGACGUCGCUAUUUACCUUGUAACCGCUUUAUCUGUUAAAGGAGCCACCUCUCAAUCGGGUGUUACUCAAACAUCAUCAUUGGUUAAUAUUGUUGAAUUUUACUCUACCGUAAUUAAACCCGAUCUGGAAAGAGAAAACCUCAACUAUAUUCCAGUUCUUCGAGCUGAUGCAUUAAAAUACAUUAUGACCUUUAGGAAUCAAUUACCAUUAGAGGAAGUUAUAAUUCCCUCCCUACCAAUCAUAAUUGCUCAUCUCGCUGCUCCAAGUAUUGUUGUUCACUCGUAUGCAGCUCAUGCCAUUGAAAGGUUAUUCACAAUGAGAGAGGGAACCACCAACAUCCCUCGAGUGAAAAUUGCCUACAUUCAAAAUUUGAUUACUCCCCUGAUCACCGGUCUAUUUAAUGUGUUUAACAUUGAAGGUUCAUUGGAAAAUCAAUACGCAAUGAAAGCAAUUAUGAGAACAUUAAGUCUUCUCCAAGCUCAAGUGAUUCCCUAUUUUGAUCUAAUUUUACCUCGAAUGACGGAAAAAUUAACUCAAACAGCCAAGAACCCAAGCAAACCUCACUUUAAUCACUAUCUAUUUGAAUCACUUUCCAUUUGUAUUAAAGUUGGAGCCAAAGCUAACAUUGAAUCUAUCGCUAAUUUUGAAGCUAUCCUGUUCCCUGUAUUCCAGAAUAUUUUCAUUCAAGAUGUCCAAGAAUUCAUGCCUUACAUUUUCCAAAUAAUGUCACUUCUCCUUGAGGCUCGACCCUCAAGUUCACCUGUACCCGCUCAUUAUAUUGAAAUAUUUCCCCACCUUUUGGUACCCAUACUUUGGGAUAGACCGGGUAACAUUCACCCUCUGGUUCGACUUCUUCAAGCUUACAUUGAGAAAUGUUCUCAACAAAUUAUCGAAUCAGGAAAAUUGGAAGCUCUUCUCGGUGUUUUCCAAAAACUAAUCGCCUCCAAAAACAACGACCAUGAAGGUUUCUACCUACUACAAACCCUCAUGGAGAAUCUAAGUGAAGAUAUUUUAACACCUUAUUGGAAUCGAGUUUUACUUUUACUCUUCAACCGAUUAACCAAUUCAAAGACCGUUAAAUUUGUCCGAUCUUUUCUCAUUUUUACCUCUCUCUUUGCCUACAAGUAUGGUGUCCAAAAUUUGACUACCCUGAUCGAAGGCAUUCAAACCAAUAUGUUCGCCAUGGUAAUUGAAAGACUAUACAUUCCGGAAGUUCAGAAAGUAUCAGGAACUUUGGAAAGAAAAAUAUGUGCCAUUGGAAUGACGGAAAUUCUUAAAUCACCUCUUCUUCUUGAAUCGUCAUCACCCCAAUUAUGGAUCACUUUUCUAACCAGUUUAAUUGCUCUAUUUGAAUUACCGGAAGAUGAAAAUGUACCCGAAGAUGAACAUUUCGUUGAGAUUGAAGAUACUCCAGGUUAUCAAGCUUCUUAUGCUCAAUUGGUAUUUGCUGGUAAAAAGGAAGACGAUCCAUUUAAAGGAACCAUAACUGAUGCUAAAUUAUAUCUCGCCACACAAUUAAGCCAAUUGUCUCAAAAAUAUCCACCUAAUCAUUUCAAUUUACUUCUAAAUGGUAUGGAUCAAGAAGCGAGAAAACAUUUAAUUGUUUACAUGGAAAAAGCUAAUGUUCGUUUCGCCUAAUCAACGUACUAUUAAUACUAUUGUUAAUCUCAAAUUGAAUUAACAAUUUAAUUGAUAAAAAUCUAAUGGGUUUGCCUCAUUAAAUUUUCAAUCAACGAUUUCAACUUGACGUUAUUCAAUUCAUCGAUUAAACGUUAAUUGUUAACACAA